AAUUCUAGAAUCAAUAUGAAAUCUAUUUAUUUAUCUCUCUCUCCCGUUGAAGAGGAGCUAAAAGCCUAAAAGCUUCAUUUAAGCGCUUGUAAUCUCCUUUAAUCGUCCCAUUUAUGAUCCAUUUGACUGUUCGUUGUCAUUAUGGUGGCUGCAAUUGUAACUUUCAAAUCCUUUAUUGCAAGUUCUGCUCAGUAGCGGUUUCUGGUCUCCUCCUGGUUCUCUGCUGAGUUAACCCCCCUCCAUUUACCCUUUUUAUCUACCGCCGAGCUCUAUUUUCGUGUUAGUUCUUGUUUAAAGCUCCCAUUUUUCGCCAUAGAAAUAUAUUCUCUUGCUUCUCUCUGAUUAUUUCAUCUCUAUCUGAAGCUUAUGAUAUCCUUUUAGCUUUCUAUUCGAGACCCCUUUGAUUAUUCUGGUUAAAAAUAGUAACUUUUGAUAGCAAUUUGAGCUCAAAAGGGUUUUUUUUUUGGCCACUGGGUGCUCUCUUUCUCAUGUUGUUGGUUUCUGAUGAAGGAUCUCGUUUUACUUUCAUUAGCCUGCUUGGCCUUUUCUCCUACGGCAGCCACAGUAGAUUAUUCCUGAUUAGUUGUGUUAGUUUUGUGCUGUUUUGGUUUGGCUAAGUUGCGCUUGGGUCUGCGUGGGCCUUAAAGCUAGGGUUUUUCCGGCGAUAUAUGAUGGGUUGGAUGGAAGGGAACCUUGCUGGCUCUGUUCUCGGCGUUCUGAUUUUUCUGUUGGUCAUUUUUGAAUCCAGAGAAUCAGUGGCUCAUCCUCCAUUAAUAUCACCUUCAAAGCCCAAUUUUGAGUCCCAUAUCGUUGAGGAAAUAGUACCAUCAGUGCAACCCAGUGCUUCCUUGGACAGUACUGGUAAAUCCCUUACCAUCAGAAAUUCAGUCCAAGUAUCUCGUACAAUUUUAUUCUCAACUAUGGAGGAGCAUAAUUUGCAAAGAGAAAGAAAUCUUGAAGGAUAUCAAGCACCAGAUGUUCAUCAUGUCACAGAGAACAACCUAUCUUCUGCACAUGAUAACCCUCCAGCAACACAAAUCAGAGAGGGAGGUGAUAUUGGUUCAACAUCCCUAAAUGGUUCUCCAUUCACAUUGCAACAUGCCCCAGCUCCAUCUCAAAGAAAGAUUCAAAAUGUUCAGCCGGAUUCUGAAGGAAUACAUCCAUCAAUGUCUUCUCCAUCACUUGCAAAAGGCUUCAACAGUCUGCCAAUGUCCUCAAUGGCUGCAACUCCAACAGAAACAUCAAGCCAUUUGUCUCCCAAAAACUAUUCACACUUCAAAGGAUCAUCCUCACACAUUUCACAUCCACAAAAUGAAGCAAACACUGCACAUGCUCCUUCAAACUCACCUCCCCAUUCUCCAGAAAGAAGAAAAAUUCACAGACCAAAGCCUGCACCAGCAAUUUCACCUACUGAGAAAAAAAUUGACAGAAUUGAAGGAAGCACUGUUUCAUCCCCAUUUUUUCUGCAUCCGCCAUCAUCGCAACCUUCUGGUUGGAUUAUAUUUCUGAAUUAUCAUCAUCACUAUUCAUUACUGAAUAUGUCCUAG